CAACGAUAACCAUUUUCAAAAACAAAAAAAAAAGGAAAACUCUCUCUCUCUCUCUCUCUCUAGAAAUAGAUCGAUAAAAGUAGCUAGUAACAAAAACAUGUAUGGGAGUAGCGUAGAUGAGAGCACCACUAGCGACUCCUUGUCGGCUACACUGACUUUGCCUCCGCCGGUCAAGUCUCCCGGCAGCGGCGGCAGCGCCAUCAUCGACGUGGACACCGGCGUGGAAGCCGAGUCCGGCCGGAAACUCCCCUCCUCGAGGUUCAAAGGCGUCGUCCCCCAGCCUAAUGGCCGUUGGGGCGCCCAAAUCUACGAGAAGCACCAACGGGUGUGGCUGGGGACGUUCAACGAGGAGGAGGAGGCCGGGAGGGUGUACGACAUCGCCGCCCAGCGCUUCCGCGGCCGCGACGCCGUCACCAACUUCAAGCCCAUCUCGGACACCGACGCGGGCGAGUACGAGGCGGCGUUCCUCAACUCCCACUCGAAGGCGGAGAUCGUCGACAUGCUCCGGAAGCACACCUACGCCGACGAGCUGGAGCAGGCGCGCCGCGCCUUCGCCGCCAGCAGCGGCGGCGGGGGCGUGCUCGGCCGCCGGAACCCGGAUUCCGCCGCUGGCGGGACGGAGAGGUCCCGCGAGCGGCUGUUCGAGAAGGCGGUGACCCCGAGCGACGUGGGGAAGCUGAACAGGCUGGUGAUCCCGAAGCAGCAAGCGGAGAAGCACUUCCCGCUCCAGAACGGCGGCGCCGUCACGUCGAAGGGGUUGCUCCUCAACUUCGAGGACGGGGGCGGGAAGGUGUGGCGGUUCAGGUACUCGUACUGGAACAGCAGUCAAAGCUACGUGUUGACCAAGGGGUGGAGCCGGUUCGUGAAGGAGAAGUGCUUGAAAGCCGGAGACAUUGUGAGCUUCCACAGAUCGACCGGACCGGACAGGCAGCUCUAUAUCGAUUGGAAGGCAAGGAAUGCGGGACCGGAGAUCUCGACCGUUCCGGUUCAUCCGGUUCAGGUGUUUAGACUCUUUGGGGUGGAGAUUAGCAGCAGCGGCCCGCCUGCCCAAACCACUAAUAAUAAUAAUAAUUAUAAUAAUAACACUACGAUGAUCACUAAUUGCAGUGGGGGAAAGAGGAUUAGAGAAAUGGAGUUUUUGCCAUUAUUGCAGUGUAGCAAGAAGCAAAGGAUUGUUAAUGCCUUGUGAUAUAUAGAUCAGAAGACACAUUUUAUUUCCUGAAUUAGACACCCUCUUUUAAGUUCUUUCCUCAAAUUUUCAACUAAACAUGUGAUAAUUGCACAUGUUGGGUGUCUAAUCUUUGUUUUAAAUAUUUGAAAUUAUUUUUGUGUACACUAGUGUUGUUAUUAAGAAAAAAGGUGGUUCUGA